AUGAUGACGAACUGGCUACCGGAAACGCCAUCCACGUUGCCACGGUAUGCGCACACAAUGAUCGGUGUCGGCGGUCUUGUGAUCGAUACAGAGGAUCGGGUUCUGUUGAUGAGGGAGCGGCGAGGGGUGUACCUAGGUUGGAAAUAUCCUGGCGGACUUUCAGAUCCGGGAGAGAGCAUAUUUGAUACAGCUACUCGUGAAGUACUCGAAGAAACUGGAGUAAAGGCAUUAGGAAAAGCCAUUCUGUGCUUUAGACAAAUUGCUAGAUCUCAAUAUGAAGAAUGUUGGCGAUAUUUAUUUUGUCUGCGUCAUGGAAGUUGUUGA